AUGGUGUCUGAUAUUGCACUACAGUUAGUUGAGGCACAUUGUUGUGUGGUGAAUUCGCUUGCGGAUGUCUCAGCCUUCAUCAGUACCAUUUUGGAGGAUCGAAAAGUAGCUGCAGCCUCACACAAUAUCACUGCAUGGUAUCUGCAGGCUAAACUGAAGCCUGACGCCCCAAAGACCUCACUCGUUGCUGAUUAUGAUGACGAUGGUGAGGCCCAGGCUGGCGGACGGCUGCUCCAUCUGAUAAGCCUGUCAGCGAGGGAGGGCGUUGCUGUAAUGGUUUCCAGAUGGUAUGGAGGGAUACAUAUUGGACCCGACCGAUUUAAGCACAUCAAUAAUGCCGCAAAUCAACUGCUCAUGCAACAAGGCCUCACUAAAAAUGCCGCGGACUCUGGCACCGCUCAAUCAAAGUCUAAAAAGCACGUCAAAAAGAAACAAUGA